AUGAGUCUCAUUAAAAGCAAUAUCAAAGGUGUGGACGACAGCAACUACUGGGUGAAAAGUCAGGUGGGUGCGAAGUUCCACGAUAACUUGACGGUUGAAAAAUCAUCGCUGGGUGGACUCGGAUUAUUCUAUGACGGAAAUGAGAUUGAUCAAGAUACAGAAAUCUUAAGGAUUUCCAGUGAUUGUACGUUAAGUAUACAUCAAUGUAUGAAGAUUAUGAAUUCAGGAGUUGAUGACAAAGGAACUUUUGCCAAAACUUUCAUCCAAAAGUGUCUUGACUUUUAUUGUAAUGGCAAAGUUACCGAGAGCCGAAUUCUUAUAUGCUACUGUAUAAGUAUGGAGGUGCUAAAUCGAAUAGAAAAAUUGGACAGCUUGAAAGGAACAGGUUUUGUGAGAAACUACUUAAAGAUCCUUCUAAACACUCGAGUGAGUAAUGUUGACUGCGAUAGUCUAUCUCUACUUGAGUAUUACAAGGAGGAAUUUAAGGGUAAUUCUUUAUUUGACUCUGUCUAUAAACAAUUGAUUAACGGAGAUUGUGAGGAGUUUGCCAAAUUCAUCGAGGUGGAAGCUUUGGAAAAUGUUUAUGGAGAAGUGAUUUCCGCUGAAGAGAUACAGCAUUUAGUGACAGCAAUAAGAUCCAGAAUCUUGGAAAUCCCUAGAGAAACAGAAAGUGAGGGCGACUUUACCAUAGAUAUCACUUUAGUUCCGAUAUUGGAUUUUGCGAAUCACGACAACGACAAAGUGAAUGCCUAUUUUGAUGUUGAUAGAGUUAACGGAGAUAUCAUAUUAAAAUUGGAUAAAGAUAAGAUUAAAGGAAGCAAGGGUAAACAUGAGGUGUUGAUCAGUUACUCAAGGAUUGAAGAUAUGAAUCGGUUUUUCCUCAACUAUGGAUUUAUUCCGAGAUCCAAGGGUAUAAAAUUGAUAGAGAUUCCCUUCUGGGGAUAUUAUAAGGAUAAGGAGAUACCCUUGAAUGUUACAGAAAUACUAUACAAGUUACAGGAGACACCUAAUUUGCAAUUCGUGGUGAAGACGGAUGAGGAAGGAGAUGUACAAGAUGUUAAAAUAAACAUGCUUGAUGAUUACUCUUUUUUGACUAUGGCAAAUGUGCAAUGGGAUAAGUACUUUAUAGAAGGGGAAGAGGAAGAUGAGGAAGAAAUAGUCAGUACAUUGAUGGAAAAGAUGAGCGUGGAUGAAAUUAAUGUAGCCAUGUUCAAAAUGAUGAAGUUAGUGAACAAAUACAUCAAAGAGUAUCCAUCCAAAUUGAAGAACUUCCUUGCAAUAGCUGACGAAUACGAACUAAAUCUCGGAGAAACAAGAAAUAUAGUGGAAAUGAUUAAAUUUGAAGAACAAAUAGCCGAAAAAUUCAAUGCAAUUUACGAGAAAAAGAAACCUCAAGAUGCAAAGGAUGCAUUUGACAUGAUAGUGCCACCUGACGAAUGUGAUGAGAAUUGGACCAAAGUCAGGAUGUAUCCGAUAUAUAAUUUCGAGCAAGAAUUGCUGGACCAGCAAAUUAAAAUAGAACAGAUGACAUUAUGA